AUGAUCCACCACCAUGGGUUAAGCCUUUUGUCCCUCCCAAACCCCCACUUCCUCCGUCUGCUCCCUCCUUACCCCCUCCACUCCUCCCCACUCCAACAGGACCCCCCUCCCUACCGAGAACAGGCCCUCCCGCCUCAGGUGGCCGACUCGACCGAUGAAAACGAGGGGCCUGCCGCGCCAUCUCCCGCUGCCCCGUCCCCCAUGGCAGCCCGCUUAAGGGGACGGCGAGACCAGCAGCUGGCCGCGGAUUCUACUUCCUCUCAGGCAUUCCCUCUCCGGACCGGAGGAAAUGGCCAACUACAAUACUGGCCGUUCUCCUCCUCCGACCUAUAUAACUGGAAAAAUAACAAUCCCUCUUUUUCUGAAGACCCAGUUAGGCUGACUGCUCUAAUUGAGUCGGUCCUGAUUACUCAUCAGCCCACCUGGGAUGAUUGCCAACAAUUACUGCAGACUUUGCUGACUUCGGAGGAGAAGCAGAGAGUCCUCCUGGAGGCUCGAAAGGCGGUUCGGGGAACAGACGGACGUCCCACCCAGCUGCCUAAUGAAAUAGAUGCCGCUUUUCCCCUCGAACGUCCCAACUGGGACUUCACCACCCAGGAAGGUAGGAAUCACCUAAUUCUCUAUCGCCAGUUGCUCAUAGCGGGUCUCCAUGGGGCAGGCCGACGCCCCACCAACCUGGCUAAAGUUAAACAGGUAUUGCAGGGACCAGGAGAAACUCCCUCAGCGUUCUUAGAGCGACUCAAAGAAGCCUAUCGUAGAUACACCCCUUAUGACCCAGAAGAUCCAGGGCAAGAAACUAGCGUAGCUAUGUCUUUCAUUUGGCAAUCUGCUCCGGAUAUCAAACGCAGACUCGAGCGCCUAGAAAACUUAAGGGAGGACCGUCUUAGAAAGGAGUUUCCAGUCAAAGACAGGGUAGACAGGAGGGAGACCGGAGGGGGCCCCAGGUGGGGCGAGGACCAACAAAAGGCAUAUCAGGAAAUAAAGCGGGCCUUACUCACCGCUCCCGCAUUGGGACUCCCAGACCUAACUAAGCCAUUUGAACUGUUUGUGGACGAAAAACAGGGUUACACAAAAGGGGUCCUAACCCAAAAACUGGGUCCUUGGAGACGUCCUGUAGCUUAUCUCUCGAAGAAGCUCGACCCAGUGGCUUCAGGAUGGCCGCCCUGCCUGCGAAUGGUAGCGGCGAUUGCAGUCCUUACCAAGGACGCGGGUAAACUAACUCUGGGCCAGCCAUUGGCCAUCCUGGCACCUCAUGCAAUGGAAGCCUUGGUUAAGCAGCCUCCAGACCGUUGGCUCUCUAAUGCCCGCAUGACCCACUACCAAGCCAUGCUCCUGGAUACGGACCGGGUGCACUUCGGACCUGUGGUAACCCUAAACCCUGCAACCCUGCUCCCUUUGCCGGAGGGAGGGGCGAAACACAAUUGCCUCAACCCUGCUCCCUUUGCCGGAGGGAGGGGCGAAACACAAUUGCCUCGAGAUCCUUGCGGAAAUGCACGGGACCAGACCGGACCUGACGGAUCAACCCCUCCAGAACGCUGA